AUGUUUGUACUGGCUGAAAUGAAGGAUGUGGUCAGAAUUACACCAGAACAUUUCCAUCAAAGCUUAACCGAAUCAAUCACAACAUUACUUAACAGGAAGCUAGCCAAUAAAGUAGUGUUAAAUGUAGGACUAUGCAUAGCCUUGUACGAUAUCAUAGAUAUUGGGAAUUCGUACAUAUUUCCUGGGGAUGGUUCAUCCCAUACAGAAGUAAAAUUUAGAUUUAUUGUGUUCAGACCUGUGGUUGAAGAAAUACUUAUCGGGAAGAUAAAGAAUUGUAGCAGGGAAGGUGUUCAUGUUACUCUUGGAUUUUUUGAUGACAUAGUAAUACCAGUGAAUGCUUUACAACACCCCUCUAGAUUUGAUGAAACAGAUCAAGCUUGGGUGUGGGAGUACCCAAUAGAAAAUGGAGAAAAACAUGACUUAUUUAUGGACUCAGGAGAGUCAAUAAGGUUUCGGGUUACGAGUGAAACCUUUGAAGAAAGUCUACCCACUGGACCUCCUGGUACUGAAUGCACAAUACAGACAGUGGCGCCUUACAGAAUAGUAGGUGGUAUCAAUGAACCUGGCCUGGGUCUACUUACUUGGUGGGAAGCCCCGGAACCAGAUGAUGGAGGAGAUGAAAACGAAGAAGAAAAUGCUGAAUAA